AUGGGGCAGAACAUCUCCAAGAUGCUUACCCCCAGCAGAGCUCCAUUCUAUGGCAUCAUCUCAAGAAAUGUGGCUACACCACUCGGUUCAGUGGUCCUGCUAGUCAACUUUGGGAUGAAAGACAACUACUGCAUGGAGUACAUCAAGUUUGAGGUGGCUGACUUCGAGUCGUCAUACCACGCCAUCGUCGGCAAACUAGCUUUGGCCAAAGUCAUGGCCGUGCCUCACUACGUCUACUUACUACUCAAGAUGCCAGGCAAGACAGGUCUACUUACGUUCCGUGGUGACUUGAAGAAGUCGUACGACUGUGACGAAGAGGCGAUCGAGUUCGCUGCAACGUCACGCAUGCCAGAACCGUCUGUAGAAGUCUUCGUGGCCGCGCAAAAGCUCACCGACUCAGAGAUGGAGAUCCCCAAUUAG